AGUGCCCUGGGUUCCCUCCUACAGGAAGUGCUGUGGGCUCCCCUGGACAGGCUGCCGCACACGAGGACUCGUGGGCAUCACUGGGAACAAAGAGGUCACUGCACACCGGCUGCUCCAUGGGGCUGUACACUCUACAGGGAGCAGGAUGAAUUCCACCCAUUCAUCGAGGCGCUGCUCCCCCAUGUCCGGGCCUUCGCCUACACGUGGUUCAACCUGCAGGCCCGCAAGCGCAAGUACUUCAAGAAGCACGAGAAGAGGAUGACAAAGGAUGAGGAGAGGGCAGUGAAGGACGAGCUGCUCAAUGAGAAGCCCGAGGUCAAGCAGAAGUGGGCAUCCCGGCUGCUGGCCAAGCUGCGCAAAGACAUCCGGCCCGAGUGUCGCGAGGACUUUGUGCUCUCCAUCACGGGCAAGAAGCCCUCCUGCUGCGUCCUCUCCAACCCCGAUCAGAAGGGCAAGAUGCGCCGCAUCGACUGCCUGCGCCAGGCAGACAAGGUGUGGCGCCUGGAUCUGGUCAUGGUCAUCCUUUUCAAAGGGAUCCCUCUGGAGAGCACGGAUGGGGAGCGCCUGGUCAAGUCCACACAGUGCACCAACCCCAUCCUGUGCGUCCAGCCCCACCACAUCAGCGUCUCUGUCAAGGAGCUCGACCUCUACCUGGCGUACUUUGUCCGCGAGAGAGAUUCAGAGCAAAGCAGCAGCCCGAGGACAGGGAUCGGCUCAGAUCAGGAGGACAGUAAACCGAUCACAUUGGAUUCGACAGACUUCCAGGAAAGCUUCGUCACUUCGGGAGUGUUCAGCGUUACGGAGCUCAUCCAAGUCUCCCGAACACCGGUGGUGACGGGUACAGGGCCAAACUUCUCUCUGGGAGAGUUGCAAGGUCAUCUGGCCUAUGACCUGAACCCCUCGAGCACCGGGAUGAGGAGGACGCUCCCAAGCACCUCCUCCAGCGGGAGUAAACGGCACAAAUCUGGCUCCAUGGAGGACGACAUAGACACGAGCCCGGGGGGAGAGUACUACACCUCACCCAACUCACCCACGAGUAGCAGCCGCAACUGGACAGAAGACAUGGAAGGGGGCAUCUCCCCGACCGUAAAAAAGACAGAGAUUGACAAGUCACCUUUCAACAGCCCGUCGCCCCAGGACUCCUCCCCGAGGCUGAGCAGUUUCACGCAGCACCACCGUCCAGUCAUCGCCGUGCACAGUGGUAUCGCUCGAAGCCCACACCCUUCAUCUACUCUGCAUUUCCCCACCACCUCGAUUCUCCCCCAGACAGCCUCCACCUACUUCCCCCACACCGCCAUACGGUACCCGCCUCAUCUCAACCCGCAGGACCCUCUGAAAGAUCUCGUCUCCUUGGCCUGCGACCCGUCCAAUCAGCAGCCUGGACCGUUAAAUGGAAGUGGUCAAGUGAAAGUGCCCAGCCACUACAUUUCCACCCAGAUGCUGGCGCCGCCACCUCCCCCUGGCAUGCCCCGGUUGGCAAUCUCUCCUGACACCAAAUCCACCACGACAACUUCCGAGGGCGGGACGACCUCACCGACAUCACCCACCUACUCUGCACCAGGCACGCCCCCUGCGAACCGUUCCUUCGUGGGAUUAGGACCAAGGGAUCCUGGGAGUAUCUAUCAGGCACAGUCCUGGUACCUAGGAUAACUGCAGCUGCCCCCCCCUUCGCCUCCCUCCUCCUCUGCUUUAGGCAUCCCGAGAGGACAACGUACCACAGGACCAGGCCCAGCCUUUCGGUGACGACGGAGAGAGCGAAUUCACAAUGAUGACGACGACAAACACACAACAUGUGACAAGAAAGGAAGGAAGGAAGAAGGAAGGGAAAGAAAGAGAGAGAGAGAAAAAAAAAGGUUCAAACCUUUUUAGAAACUAUAAACCAACAAAAAAUAACCCUAAAACCAAGCGAGCCCCACGCGCACACACGGCCGCCCCAGGCAGACUCGCCACAAACACUAUUUGUCCCGUCGGCCAACCUGGCAAGAGAAGCAACGCAGCUCGUCCCACUGGCCGCCUCCUCAGCCACGGCGCUGGAGUCUCGCUGCCACUCUCCAAAGGGUUGUAUAUGCAAAAUUGUCUUUCUCAUUUCCUGUUUCAUUUUUGCCUCUUGUGAAUGAAAAAGAACAAACCCCGCCGGGCACCCUCGCCCACCCCGCAGCAAACUUUCUACUUCCCGGGAGGCUCUAGGAACGAGACAGCGGGUUCAGAGCACAGCGGCCAGUUGCUUCUGAGCCCAUGGGCAUCGGGUGGGUCGGGAGAUCUCUCGUUAGUGCUGUCGCUUCCCGCUCCACCCCAGACACGCUGCAAACAAGAUGCCUCCAGCCUCCCGCUGCCCCAGCGUUCGGACGACGUGUACACCUUUCCUUUGUUUUAUCUGAAAUCCUCUAUGCCAUUAAAUGCUCUUUGGGGCAGGAGUGAGUGGCAUCCCCGCGGGACUCCUUGGAGCAGCAGUAUUGCAGGGAUGCAGGGACAUGGCCCCUCUCAUCCUCCCACUUCUCCAGUUGCCUUUGUCCGUGACCAUCUACGGAAGGGGAAGGGGAUUCCAUGACUCCUGCCUCAGGUCUCCGCCCUCAGUGCGUGCGUGGGGAGCAGGACCUGGGAUCAGCAGCACCCCAGCCCCAUGCUCCCGGUCAAGGGCAGGCUGGCCGUGGAGCAGGGCACUGGGCUUCGGUGAGUGGCAUUUCCACAGCUGGGAGAUACUGUGCGAUGGGCAUUGCAGGGAGGAGACGGAGGGGAGGGGCACAAGACUUGUGAUGGGCACAAGUGGGUGCAGCAGGAGGGUAGGGAAGCCCACAAAGAGCAGAGCAUAUUGCUGUGUGGAUUGGCAUGGCCAGGCACUGCAAAUUAUCACUGGGUCUCAAAUCCCAGAGGUGAAAUUUCUUAAUUACAGAUUAACGACUGCAUUAUGGAAACUCCUGGAAUCCAAAAUUCCAGACCCUUCCUCCAUGGACAAUCAAGUCCACUGGCACCUCCCCCACUCUCGCCCCACUCCGGACCUGGGACAGCCACAGUGUCCAGGGGAAGCGGGUCUGUCUCUGCAAUGCCUUCAACACAGCAGAAGGAAUGAGGCCAGGGUUGGGUUUCAGCACCGUGCAGCAUGACGGCUCUGCCGCCCUGCCCCAAGUCUUGCCAGGACCAGCACCUGGCCAGGGAUGAUCAUGGCGCGUGGUUUCCAUGAUGUAGCCUGGUGAGCUUUCCAUACUGUAGCUUUCCCUUUGCAGCUCCUGGCAAACGCAGGACAUGUCUCCUGCUACCACAGUUCCUUCUGUGCAUUUCCUUUGUGCUGGGGCAGGGAGGUGAGGUGGGGACAGACUCUGGGUUGGUAAGUUGUACGAGCAGCUCGUGAUGGGCCAGGGCCUGCUGUCAUGCUGGAAAUGAGACUGACUUAGGCCAAGGCCAGUCCCUAAAUGGCAGGUCUGGGCAGGGCAAGACAGGCCAGCCAGAGUGGGAGGGCUGGCAUGGGACCUGGGCACACCUGUGUGUGCAAAGCUCUGCGCGCCAGUGAGCAGGGACUGUGUGGGCUGGGGGCAAGACGGCUGUGAUUGUGUUGCACAUUUUGUAGGAAAUGCACUUUGAAGAGGGAAUGAUAGCAAAGCCCAUUCGUGGCACCUGGUUCCCGGCACCAGCUUGCUGGGACAGUUUAUAGAGACAGAUUCUUUCUCCCUGAAAGGCCGCACCGCAAGCAGACAGCCCCCCUUGUGGUGGCAACGUCGGCCUUUGACUCUGACUCGGGUUAGCUAGGGGUCCUGUGCCCUUACCUGCAGGGACCAGAAGACCCCCCCAUCCAGCUCGCAGGCUCCCCUUCCCCACUGUGAGCCCCUCCCUGCUUAGCCCUGCUGUGAGGUGAUGCCAUCACAUUCCCAGCAAACGCAGCUGGGAGGCAGAAAGCCGUCACUGACUGGUUAAAGUGCCUGAAUUUUGUAUCCCAGUCCUCCUGGUUUGGAAAGCUCACACCCCACGGAGAGUAGUGCGGUGGGAAGGGCCAGGCCACCGGGAACUGUGGCAUCUCCACUGGCCUGCAAGGGCCUUGCAUCUAUCCUUCUCCCCAUAGCAUUAAUGAGGUCCCUGCACACGAGGCAGGAAGCCAGACUGAAUCACCCUUUGCCUGGCCUAGGCCGGACAGCACCUGGUGCAGAUAUACCUGGGGAAAUCAGUUGAGUUCAACUCCAUGAGCUGGAGAGCCGGGAUGUGCACCAAGCAGGAGAGACCAGCCCAGCACAGGUCCGGUGGGGCCUCGCUCCCCCAGACUGUCACGGAUCAUGAAUCACAAGCAGUGCAUCAGACAGACCUUCCUGGUUGAUCUUGGGGACAGAACAGCACUAUCCGGCUGGCUGCGGAGGCCCAGCUUCCCCGUGUCACACAUGCUGCACCAACAGAGACCAGGGCCCCUGGCCCCACCAUUUGUUGACUCAUUUGGCCAUGAGGGGCUGGGAAACUCCUGCUUCCUGCCCUCCCUGAGCAGAGCUGGCCUGGAUGGAGCAAGCUGUGGGAGGCAGAGGCACCUGCAUGCUGUUGGCUCCGCGGUUUGCUCAUUGCAAGACAGAGACGUGAGACUUCACCUGCCUGGCAGGGCAAACCUCUCCAUUGUUCUCUCUUCCUGCCUGUUUCCUGCCUCCUAGGCUGGCACAUGGAUCCCUUGCUGUGCCAGGGCCCUAGGAGAUGUCCUAAGAUGCCAAGCAGCUGGAACAAAGCAGAUGAACCCACUUCUUCGCAGACACUGCCCAGCUCAUGAUCCUGGACAGCUGGCAACUCCUGGCCUGAGAACAGCUUUCGCUUACUUGCUGGGCCUGGGUUUCGGCUUUGAUCAUUGCUGCUGGGAGGAAAAGGUGCAUUGCAGUAAUGUUGCCUGGGAAGCUUCAAGGUUAUGGCAGGGAUGGACCCAAGGCCCCUGCCAGGAUGUGUGGGGCAGCUGGGAAGGGCCCAUCUUUGUGGACAUGCCAGCAAACAGAGUUGCAGCAGAAGUGACCCCACUGAGCCAAACUCUGCUCUCAGUCACACAGGCUUGGAUCCAGAGUUACAUUGCACAGUAAUAUGGUGCAGCCUGGCCCUUCAGAUCUCCUUGGAGGAACAAGGUCUGCACAGGGCUAUGGCCAGGGUCUUCAGCAACCAAGGACACAAAAUCCCUGUCCCCCUACUAUGCCUGAAGCCCAGUUCCUGCCCAGGCACUGUCUCAUCAUAGAGGAGAGCAACGCUGGACACUGACCAAGCCGUCCGUGGGCUGUGACGGGGCCUGAGGGAGCAGAUCCGCUCUCCUCCCUCCCUGGCCCACACACUGGUUAGUGCCUUAGACCCCAGGAGGAUGCUUGUGGGCUGCCCCCAACCACCCCACCCACCACAGGGCCAGGGGCUACUCCCUAGGGCUCUCCUCUGCUUUACAGAGGCUGCAGGAGAAACGGGGCUGCUUUCCCCCUUCUUCCUUCCCCUAGUGACCCUGAGGGAGAAGAAGGGAGAUUCAGCAGCCAGACUAAGGCACCAGCUCUGCAGGAAUCCAGCAAACCCCACUACCUGCACCCAACCUACAGAGCCCCAACACCAGGCCAGCCCCCAGACACCGCAGGGCUGGGGAAUCCCAGACUUAAUCAUGUCAGUCCCUGGCCCUGGGAAUAUCGAGGCCCUUUGGGAGGUGGGAGGUGGGGAAAAGGUUCAUCCACUCACUUACCUGCCCAUCUAGCCUUGGUGAAUCCCUGAGACCCCCAUGAGCACUAGUGUCACAGCCUGUCCCCAGUUCACCCCCUGUGUCCCACUCCUGAAAGAUAUGCCCAGGGCAGGGCCUCUUCUGCAGCUGGGCCCAUCACCCACCCGCCCUACCUUCUGCCAGGCAGAGCCAGAGCCUCUGCCCUGCUCCAGGGUGCUGGAUUCUGCUCUUCUCCUCCCUGGGCAGAGGAGCAGGGAACAUGGGGACACCACCACCAGCCAGGCCACAUUGACUUCAGCAGCGGUGAGGCAGGAGAAGGAAAGAGGUGACAAGAAACCUGAAGGGGACAGCAGAGAAGAGAGGGCUGUGCAGGCUGAUGGCAACGGAGCAGAUGGGCAAGGGGAAAGAACUGUCCCCAUCUGGGGGCCAGGAAAAAUUCAGCCACCUCUGCCAGCCUGUGUCCAUUCCAGACAGCCAACUCCAGUGAACUCCAGUCCAGGCACCUCCCACCACCUGUCUGCAGAGGGCCCAGCAUCCACUUCAGGCAGUGCCAGGCAGGCUCCCCCUGUGCCCACGAGUCAUCCCAGGUGGGCAAAGAGCUCCAGUGCCAGUCCUUCCACCGGCCAGCUCGUGGCUGCACCUUGAGUCCAGUCCAGGGGUGCACAGACAGAUCCAGGCCCAGCUUUGACACCUGAUCAGUAACUGGGCAGGACUGGAGGCUGCAGCAGGUGCUGACCUCCAAGAGUCACCCAUGAACCCCCUGCCACCUCCAUGCCCAUCAGAGCCGGGCUCCUGCUCAGCCAGUGCACAUCCAUGCAUCGUGUCCCCAAUGGCAUCUGGGUGCUAAUCCCAAAGGUGACACAGCGAGGUCAGAGGAGCUCCCCUUUGGAUGAGUCCCUGAAGCCCAACACAGAGGGAUCCAGCUACUCCUCUUAUGCAGGUACCCAUGGCUUUGUAAGCAGCUUUAAACCAAAGGCUGAGUCGCAUAGGAAGGACGUGGGGCAGCUCCUUCCCGUCCAGCUUCCACUCUGCUCCCUGCUUCCCCGGAGCUUCCAGCAAGUCAUUCUGCCGAAGCGCCCAGUCCCCGGUACGAUUCCUGCAGCUCCCAGCACCUGCAUCCCAGCUGGACACCGACCACAGCCAGCGCCAGCCCUGGGGAGGGGGCCCUGCUGGAUCCCAGCCCAGUUUUGCAGCGGAGAGUUGAGCAAAGGGCUGUCACGUAGGCCCCACUCUAUGCCAGGCACCUGGGGUCAAGCCAUCUGAUCCCGAGCAGCUAUAUGCAUGGUCCAUCAGCACUGCAGAGCCCUGAGAACCGGGGCCAGCUUAACAGGGGAGGGCAGGGGGGAAAUGGGCCCCAGUGCAGAGACCCCCAGUGUAAAGGGCUGAUGCAGGAAGUCAAAGAAAAGGGCAAUUGAUGGAGAGGGGGAAAAAAAGAAAAAAUAACAAAAAAAAAAAAAAUUACAAAUAAACUGCAUGGUGCUUUAACAGGAACUCAUGUGACCUAGCUCAACCAAUCAGCGAAUGGCUGAUAAUGUGCAUGGCAGACUGUAUAACUGGCUCUACCUUCCCCCCUUCGAAAAUGAUGUAUAAAAAGAAAAAAAAAAGUGAAAAAAAUCCAUGUUUUCCUAAUUUGCACGAAAUUUUAUACCACAUGAUGUGCCUUGCCUUCGAAGACUAAGUAUUAACUCUACUGAUAUCACUGCACAGGAAUAACUGCAUGCACUGGGUCUCGUAGUAACUAAAGGGGGGAUGGGACAUGUUGCCAUUUGUAAAAACGUUCACAGUUCAAUUUGGGGCUGUUGGUUUGUUAACCUUUUUUGUUAAACUGUGUGUUCAGACACCAUUGGGAAGAUUCCUUGUGGCUCGGAAAUAUUGUGAUAUCAUCGCAAUGUGCCAGACUCUCGUCUCAGCAACACCGGCGUGAAUCCAGGGCAUCUCCUUUUCGUCCUGCUUUUAUCCACUUUCUGCCCUUUCUGGCCCUAUUUGUGGCCACUGGAGUUACUCCGGUCUUAUACCGUGAUAACCCCAUGUGUGUGGAUGGAGUUACUCCAGUGUCACCCCAGCGUACCUGAGACGACCGAUCUGCCUGCCCUGAGUGUCAUGUUUUUUUCUAACCAGGCACCUCCAUAUUGGCGGAAAGGAUAAAGAAUAAAUGACUAAGGAACUUUAUUGGGUUUCCAUCAACGUGGCAGCGUUUGACACUGAUGGACUCCCAGGUGCAGUGUUGGGGGCUGAUGGCAGCUGGUCGGGAACAAGCGCCUUGUCCCUCCCAAUUCGCUCCAGCUUGCCGGUGCCAUCAGCCAAGGGGAUCUCUCCAUAUCGCCCCCAGCCUUGCCCUCCCUUGCCCAAACGAGGAAAUAGCUGUCCAUAGUAGCCAUGUGCAUGUUCCCUUUCUCCUUGUGUUGGGCAGAGUUGCCAGACCAGCCCUUUUCUCUCUGUUUUUUAACGGCUUCCCCUCGUAUACGUCUUCCAGCUGUUAAUACAAAGUGCAUCCUGUAUGGAAAAA